AUGGAUCACGAAACCGACUCGCAGCCUCCGCUGAAGAGGAACUCGUUCCAAGCUGUGCAAGAUGCUCGCGACCUCGCUGACAUGGGUCACGACGAGACCCUGUCGCGCAAGUUCGGGCUAUGGAGCAUGUUCUUCCUCUCCGUGUCUGUGUUGGGAACUUGGUCGACGUUCGCCCAAGGUCUCAACAGUGGACUGACGAGCGGAGGCCCCAUCACCAUCCUCUGGGGUCUGGUAUUGGUCUUUAUCUGCAACAUAUGCGUUGCAGUGUCCCUGGCUGAGCUCUGCAGUGCGAUGCCUACAGCUCUUGGACAGGCAUACUGGAUCUCGCGACUCUGGCCAAGGGGACGAUUCGUCUCCUAUCUUUGUGCCUGGAUCAACACCUUUGGAUGGUGGACCCUUUCAGCAUCGCAGUUGGCAUUCAUGACAGAUUUCAUCCUUGCCAUGAAGGUACUGUAUGUGCCAGACUGGUCUACUCAUGGUUGGGUCAAAUUCCUACUCUACUUGGCCAUUACCCUAGUAGUGACCCUCUUCAACGUCGUAGCAUGCCGCAGGGACAAGAUUCUCCCGAUCUUCAACAACUUCGUCGGUAUCUGCUUCAUCUCGCUUUUCUUCAUCUUCAUCCUCGCGCUCCUCAUCUCUGUCGGCAUCAAAGAAGAGUACAAGUUCCAGCCAGCGAAGUUCGUGUUCGCAACUUGGAUCAACCAGAGCGGCUGGGGUGAUGGUGUCACUUGGUUCAUCGGCUUGGUCCAGGCCGCAUACGGACUGACGGCCUUCGACGCUGCAGUCCAUCUUGUGGAGGAGGUUCCUUCUCCUAGGACCAAUAUCCCACGUGUCAUGUGGCUUUCAGUCACGCUUGGUGCGGUAACUGGCUUCAUCUUCAUGAUGGUCUGCCUGUUCUCCAUCCAGAGCAUCGAUGAUGUAGUCAACGCAUCAACUGGACUGCCAUUCAUGGAUCUUCUGAAAGGCACAGUCGGCCUGACUGGAUCAACUGUUCUCCUUGCUUUGUUCAUCUUCAACGGCAUGGGACAGGCCAUCAGUCUGGUCACCACAGCUUCACGUUUGACAUGGGGUGUUGCCCGUGAUGGAGGCAUUCCCUGGGGCGGCUACUUCGGCAAAGUCAACAACACCUGGAAGGCACCCGUCCGCGCACUUUGGCUUCAGGGCGGUAUCAUCGGUCUUGUUGGUGUUCUCUACACCUUUGCUGAUACCGUUCUGGAGGCCAUUUUGGGAGUCAGCACAAUCGCACUGACGAUUUCCUACGCCAUGCCCAUCUUGACAUUGCUUCUCGUCGGUCGCGACAAGCUCCCAUCGGGCGGCCCCUUCAGGCUCGGACGUUUCGGCCCAGUGGUCAACUGGGUGUCCGUCAUUUACUGCUCCAUCACUACAGUGUUCUUCUUCUUCCCCGACGGACCCAACCCGUCGGGAUCAGACAUGAACUACGCUAUUGCGGUUUUCGGCAUCAUGCUUGUCAUCACUUGCAGUUUCUGGGUCAUCAGGGGUAGCAAGUCAUAUCUACAGACGGACGAGGCGGAGGAGCGCGUCAUCUAUGCAAGGCGCGUGGAGCUGGUUGAGGAGCAACACGCAAUGAACGCAAAGGACAGGGAAGCCAGGCAAGAGCACGGUGGCUUGUAA